AUGAAGGCUGUUCGUAACCUGCUGAUUUAUAUAUUUUCCACCUAUCUCCUGGUUAUGUUUGGAUUUAAUGCUGCCCAAGACUUCUGGUGUUCAACUUUGGUGAAAGGAGUCAUUUAUGGAUCGUAUUCUGUAAGUGAAAUGUUUCCCAAAAACUUUACAAACUGCACUUGGACGCUGGAAAAUCCAGAUCCAACCAAAUAUAGCAUUUACCUGAAAUUUUCCAAAAAGGACCUUAGCUGCUCUAACUUUUCCCUCCUGGCUUAUCAGUUUGAUCAUUUUUCCCAUGAAAAAAUCAAGGAUCUUUUAAGAAAGAAUCAUUCUAUAAUGCAACUCUGCGAAUCCAAGAAUGCUUUCGUUUUUCUACAGUAUGAUAAAAAUUUUAUUCAGAUACGUCGGGUCUUUCCAACCGAUUUCCCAGGAUUACAGAAAAAAGGGGAAGAAGAUCAGAAAUCUUUUUUUGAGUUUUUGGUAUUGAACAAGGUGAGCCCAAGCCAGUUUGGUUGCCACGUAUUAUGCACUUGGUUGGAGAAAUGCUUGAAAUCAGAAAAUGGGAGAACGGAGACCUGCGGGAUCAUGUAUACAAAAUGCACCUGCCCUCAACACUUGGGAGAGUGGGGAACCGACGACCAGUCGCUGGUUUUGUUAAAUAACGUGGUGUUACCCCUGAAUGAGCAGACCGAGGGCUGCCUGACCCAAGAGCUGCAAACCACCCAGGUCUGCAAUCUUACCAGAGAGGCCAAGCGACCGCCCAAAGAAGAAUUUGGAAUGAUGGGAGAUCAUACAAUUAAAAGUCAGCGACCUCGAUCUGUUCAUGAAAAAAGGGUCCCUCAGGAACAAGCUGAUGCUGCUAAAUUUAUGGCACAAACUGGUGAAUCUGGCGUGGAAGAGUGGUCCCAGUGGAGCACAUGCUCAGUUACUUGUGGUCAGGGGUCGCAGGUGCGAACCAGAACUUGUGUAUCACCUUACGGGACACACUGCAGCGGCCCAUUAAGAGAAUCAAGGGUUUGCAAUAACACUGCCCUCUGUCCAGUCCAUGGAGUCUGGGAGGAGUGGUCUCCGUGGAGUUUGUGUUCAUUCACGUGUGGUCGAGGCCAAAGAACAAGAACACGGGCGUGCACUCCGCCCCAGUAUGGGGGAAGGCCGUGUGAAGGACCCGAGACUCAUCAUAAGCCUUGUAAUAUCGCUCUCUGCCCAGUUGAUGGACAGUGGCAGGAGUGGAGCUUCUGGAGCCGGUGCUCCGUGACCUGCUCGAAUGGGACCCAGCAGAGGAGCCGGCAGUGUACUGCAGCCGCCCACGGGGGCUCCGAAUGCAGAGGGCCCUGGGCAGAAAGCAGAGAGUGCUACAACCCCGAGUGCACAGCCAAUGGUCAGUGGAAUCAGUGGGGUCAUUGGAGUGGGUGUUCCAAGUCCUGUGACGGCGGCUGGGGGAGGCGGAUGAGGACCUGCCAGGGCGUGGCGGUGACCGGGCAGCCGUGUGAAGGGACCGGCGAGGAAGUGAGAAGAUGCAGCGAGCAGCGAUGUCCGGCACCUUAUGAAAUAUGCCCAGAGGAUUACCUGAUGUCGAUGGUGUGGAAAAGGACUCCAGCAGGGGACUUGGCCUUCAAUCAGUGCCCACUGAAUGCCACAGGCACCGCUAGCAGACGCUGCUCGCUCAAUCUUCACGGAGUGGCCUUCUGGGAACAGCCGAGCUUUGCAAGAUGCAUAUCAAAUGAGUACAGACACUUGCAGCAUUCAAUCAAAGAACACCUUGCGAAAGGGCAGAGAAUGCUGGCAGGUGAUGGGAUGUCCCAGGUCACCAAGACACUGCUGGAUUUAACUCAGAGGAAAAACUUCUAUGCAGGUGAUCUUCUGAUGUCCGUGGAAAUCCUCCGGAAUGUGACAGACACGUUUAAAAGGGCAAGUUACAUCCCUGCAUCUGAUGGCGUCCAGAACUUCUUUCAAAUAGUUAGCAACCUUCUAGAUGAAGAGAACAAGGAAAAAUGGGAAGCUGCACAACAGAUUUAUCCGGGCUCAAUAGAGUUAAUGCAGGUGAUUGAAGACUUUAUACACAUUGUUGGAAUGGGGAUGAUGGACUUUCAGAAUUCAUACUUAAUGACUGGAAAUGUAGUGGCUAGCAUUCAGAAGCUUCCCGCGGCCUCUGUUCUAACAGACAUCAACUUCCCAAUGAAAGGACGGAAGGGCAUGGUUGACUGGGCAAGAAACUCAGAAGACAGGGUGGUGAUUCCAAAGAGCAUCUUUACCCCCGUAUCGUCAAAAGAAUUAGAUGAAUCAUCGGUCUUUGUUCUUGGAGCAGUCCUGUACAAAAACUUAGAUCUAAUUUUGCCCACCCUGAGAAAUUAUACUGUCGUUAAUUCCAAAAUCAUCGUGGUCACCAUAAGGCCUGAACCCAAGACAACUGAUUCAUUCCUGGAGAUAGAACUAGCUCAUUUGGCUAAUGGUACUUUGAAUCCUUAUUGUGUGUUAUGGGAUGACUCAAAAACGAACGAGUCUUUGGGAACCUGGUCCACCCAGGGAUGUAAAACUGUGCUUACCGAUGCAUCCCAUACGAAAUGCUUAUGUGAUCGUCUGUCUACCUUCGCCAUUUUGGCUCAGCAACCUAGAGAAAUAAUCAUGGAAUCCUCUAGUACACCUUCAGUUACCCUAAUUGUAGGCAGUGGCCUUUCUUGCUUGGCCUUGAUCACCCUAGCCGUUGUCUAUGCAGCAUUAUGGAGGUACAUACGCUCUGAGAGGUCCAUAAUUCUGAUUAACUUCUGCCUGUCUAUCAUCUCAUCCAACAUCCUCAUCCUGGUUGGACAGACUCAGACACAAAAUAAGAGCAUCUGUACAACCACCACUGCAUUUUUGCACUUUUUCUUCCUGGCUUCAUUCUGUUGGGUUUUGACUGAGGCGUGGCAAUCAUAUAUGGCUGUAACUGGAAAAAUUAGGACGCGGCUUAUAAGGAAACGCUUUUUGUGCCUUGGAUGGGGUUUACCAGCACUAGUGGUGGCCACAUCGGUAGGCUUCACCAGGACAAAAGGAUAUGGCACUGAUCACUACUGCUGGCUCUCCCUUGAAGGAGGACUGCUCUACGCUUUUGUGGGACCCGCAGCUGCUGUUGUCCUGGUCAACAUGGUGAUUGGCAUUUUGGUAUUUAAUAAACUUGUUUCAAGAGAUGGGAUCCUAGAUAGAAAGCUGAAACACAGAGCCGGUCAGAUGAGUGAGCCUCAUAGCGGUUUGACGCUCAAAUGUGCCAAGUGUGGAGUAGUUUCAACAACAGCUUUGUCAGCCACCACCGCCAGUAACGCCAUGGCGUCUCUUUGGAGCUCCUGUGUGGUGUUGCCCCUUCUGGCUCUGACGUGGAUGUCUGCAGUUCUGGCCAUGACAGACAAACGCUCCAUCUUGUUUCAAAUACUUUUUGCUGUGUUUGAUUCAUUGCAAGGCUUUGUGAUCGUCAUGGUCCACUGCAUUCUUCGGAGAGAGGUUCAAGAUGCAUUUAGAUGCCGACUGAGAAACUGUCAGGACCCAAUCAAUGCUGAUUCUUCCAGUUCUUUUCCUAACGGGCAUGCUCAAAUCAUGACAGACUUUGAAAAGGAUGUAGACAUUGCUUGUAGAUCAGUUCUUCACAAGGAUAUUGGUCCCUGCCGAGCAGCAACAAUAACAGGCACCCUCUCCAGGAUUUCUCUAAAUGAUGAUGAAGAAGAAAAGGGAACGAACUCUGAAGGGCUAAGCUAUUCAACAUUGCCUGGAAACGUCAUUUCCAAAGUCAUUAUUCAGCAACCCACAGGUCUGCACAUGCCCAUGAGUAUGAAUGAGCUGGGCAAUCAAUGUUUGAAAAAAGAGAACAGUGAAUUGCGGAGAACUGUGUACUUAUGUACGGAUGAUAAUUUGAGAGGGGCAGAUAUGGACAUCGUCCAUCCUCAAGAAAGAAUGAUGGAGAGUGACUAUAUUGUGAUGCCCAGAAGUUCUGUUAAUACCCAGCCAUCAAUGAAAGAAGAAAGCAAAAUGAAUAUUGGCAUGGAAACCCUGCCCCACGAAAGGCUAUUGCACUACAAAGUGAAUCCUGAAUUCAACAUGAAUCCUCCUGUCAUGGACCAGUUCAAUAUGAAUUUAGAGCAACAUCUCGCACCCCAGGAACAUAUGCAGAAUUUGCCCUUUGAGCCUCGCACAGCUGUGAAGAACUUCAUGGCCUCUGAGUUGGAUGAAAAUGCGGGAUUAUCGAGAAGUGAAACUGGAUCAACGAUAUCAAUGAGUUCUUUAGAAAGAAGAAAAUCACGAUAUUCAGACCUUGACUUUGAGAAGGUCAUGCAUACAAGGAAGAGGCAUAUGGAACUGUUUCAGGAACUCAAUCAGAAAUUUCAAACUUUGGACAGAUUUCGGGAUAUACCAAAUACAAGCAGUCUGGAAAACCCAGCACCAAACAAGAAUCCAUGGGACACUUUCAAAAACCCCAGUGAAUACCAACAUUACACCACAAUCAAUGUCUUAGAUACAGAGGCAAAGGACACCUUGGAACUGAGGCCAGCAGAGUGGGAGAAAUGUCUGAAUUUGCCUCUGGAUGUGCAGGAGGGGGACUUUCAAACAGAAGUUUAA